CAAUACGGAGCAGACGCCUAACAGGUCGACCAUGCCGGAAAGUCAUCUGAUGGGCUUUUUAGUCCUCUUUCUCUCAAUCCUUCCUACUGAAUCAACUAUUGGAAUUCUCAACUCAAUCAACGACCUGAAGAAAAUCCCCUUCGGCCAAUCGGUGCCCAAGCAAAGCCUUCCGCUGCUCCACUGGUUUGCCAACACCAUAGGAUUUGACAACAACGACUUGAUAGAGCUGACCUUUGAACCAAGCAAUGGAGACUAUGGCACUCAUCACUAUGGAAACUAUGAGGGAGUCCUGGAUCGACUGCCAGCCGGCCAGCAGUACUACACCCUCGGCAACAUCAACCCCAUGAUCAACAAUAACGGAAUCUCUUUGCCCUCUUAUGUCGCGGGUCACGUAAACCAUCUGUUGGGGGGUGAGGAACUCAACAGGGCCCGCAUCAUAUUCUCGCUCUUGGACCAGGACACCAUCGACCAGGUGUUCAUCACACAGCACUACGAGGCCAAUCAGGAUCUGGGGACUGGGUAUGACCCAGUGCACACCUACCAGAUCACCUUCAACCUCUUGAGGGUGCUCAGAGUCUUCUCCUUGGACCGAAGACAACACUCUGAGCUGUCAGAGAUCGGAGGCAACAUCGGAAGCGGCAUCACUGACCACGAACUUUCGUCUGUAAGAAACACGUGGGGCCAGCUGGCGUGUGUCGGACUGCUGUUGUUCAUCGUGAUCAACGAGAGGAAUUCCCCUUGCAGACCAAACAGAGCUCGAGAACCGAAGCGUCCUCCAAAAUGUAACGUUCGAGAACCGAAGCUUCCUCCCAAAAGAAACGUUAGACAACCGAAGCUUCCUCUGAAACCCAACAUUCGAGUACUGGCGAGUCCUCCGAAACGUAACGUUCGAGCAAGCGUUACUCCGCACAUAUCUGUGAAUAUUCCAGAGAACGACAUCAACCUCAGACCCUCAAACCAGGACUGGGACAUUUUUCAAUGUUGCUAUAAAUGUUGGUUUGUGUUCAAGAUAUGCGGACUAAUAGUAGGAGUAGCAAUAGUAAUAAGCAUAAUAAUAAUAAUAUGCAAGUACCUACCUUAAUUUAUAGAGCACCUUUCGAAAGCAGAUUACAAAGUGCUUGACAGAAUAGAAUGAAACCAGAAUUGGAGAAUAGAAUAGCUGAAACCCUAACCCUAAGUACAGAAUAAAUAAGACACCAAAUACAUACAAUCAUAGAGCUAAAUAUAAACAUUUGGAGAUGUAGGGGAGUGCUAGACCAAGCCUAGCUUUAGAGGUGAUGACAGUAGAGGUGGGAGCUGGCACCCUUGGGAAGGCCAAGGUUCACUGGAGUGGAGUUCCACGCCAUACCCUUCACGGUGGAGUGAUGUCAGUGCUCUACAAGAACCACCGGGACACCAGCGGGAUCCUUCACUAAAGUACUGGGCCAUCUUGGGGAACCUUUGAAACAUCGGUUCCACUAAACAAAGGCCAUGGGGUCAGGCUCCACAAAGACAGACGUUUUUGCCUUUGCUUUCCCAGGCAAUAUAUGAACAAAAGAAGAAAAGAGAAGAAAAUAAAAAAAAUCAGCCAUCUUGUUGUUUUCUCAGACCGACAGAAACAUGCGACAUGGACGCACGCAUAUAGAAAAGAACGGGUCAAGUACAAAAACAAUUAAAUACAAAAACACAGUUUGCGAUAACGAGUUAAAGUUACUUCCUUAUUAUUAUUAUUACCGUCUUAUUAUUAUUAUUCAACACUGCGAAUGAGGAUGUGCACUACCAUUACAUUUCCGUGGGGGGAUUAUUGGUGAAUAGCAUAAUUCCCAAACAUUUAAGUCUAAUGCUCUUGUGCUAAUGCGCUAAGUAUUUAAUUUCUACAUUUCUGUAAUAGUUUUUUUCAGUCUGUAGGCUUACUUUCCCUGUAUUCACAUCCCACUUGUUCUUAAAAUAAUAAUUUGGUUCAUAUAUUUAAACAUGACUUUUUAAGUCUCAACCCAUAUAUAUUCAUGCCUACAUUUUGAUUUGUUGCAACUGAUUUAAACAAUACAUAUAUAUAUAUAUUGUGUGUGUGUUUGUGCUUAUGUGUGCGUUGGUUGGUUUGUGCUUAUGUGCUUAUCUGUGUGUGUUUUGCAUUCUAAUAUGAAAAUGUAUUUUGGGUGUGGUUUCCAUAUAAGCCUGUAAGGGUUUCUGCCACAACCACACAUGUAGUUUUUAUCAGCACAUGUUU